UAUUAUUCUGACGUUUGUCACUGUCUAAAACAGUAUUUUCUAAAUGUUUAGUAUUUAGUUAAUUAUUGCAAAACAAAAGUAUUAUUUCUAUAAUAUUAUACACAGACGACAGAUGUAUUGACAUAACAAGAUGAAGAGCUGUUGGUUGAUAAAAUUCGUAUUUCUAUUUUUAAUUCCGUUCUCGGUUUGUCAAAGGAUAAAUGAUGGAAUAAUAUUUCACUACAAUAACACAUACAAAUAUAAUGUUCCGUACACAAUAGAAGUCAGUAAAAAUACAGAAUUUAUUAUGGAAUUCGGUGGCGAUGUGGAAGCCUACGACACGCCAGCCAGAGUGACGGUGGCGAGUGACUUCGCCAACCGUACAUACCCGCUGUUCAUAACGGCGAGACAGCAGAAAGGUGUAUUCUCCUGGCAGCUGCCCAUGCUGGUGCAGACGCCGGACACGCUGGAACAGUUCACCAACAUAUCCAGGACACUGUGCCCUCAUAACAACAUCUUCUCAGAGGAUCAGGACACAUGUGUAAAUGGAAACCGGAUUAGGGUCUACUGUGGCCCUUUGAUACAAAUAACAAAUUUGAACACGCCAAUAGUUCACCUGACCUCGUCGUCUCCCGAUCCAAUAAAGGUGACGAUUGUGGUGCAGACUGUAGAGAAUUUUUACAUAAAAAUGAACACGGUAGUCAACAUGACGAGCACGCCGAGUCAGCCCAAGUACUACUUCUACCCUUUCGACCAGGGACCCAACAAAGUCGUGGAUCUGGACUCACAGAGCAUUAAAAAGAAGUUCAUUUGUAAUAAGGAGUUGGAUACGAACGAGAAGGUCACCCUGGACAGGUACAUGCUGAGGAGGAACCUGAGGGCCGACUACGGCUGGCUGUCGAAGCCGAAGAGUGUCAUCGUAAUGAUAGAAUCGGAUGAUGACAUCUGCGCCGUCGUGUCGAUACAAAAUUUCUCGUGCCCCGUGUUCGACAACGAGCGGGACAUCCUGUACGACGGCUACUACCUGACCAUGACGCGGCGCGGCGGGAUCACGCUCACGCAAGACACAUUCCCGCUGGGCUUCUACAUCGUGUUCAUAGUGAAGACAUCGGACGACGACUGCACCGGCUCCGUCGCCUCGAACGACACCUUGCCGAAAAUGGCGCAGUACUUCGGCUGGGAGGACAACGUCAGCGUCGACACUAACGACGGAAGAGUCAAGAGGUUUAGUUUCAAAAUAAUCCAGACGAUAUCGUACCAGGAGUACUUCAUAGCGGCCGGCGCGGCGCUCGGCUUCUUCCUGUCCUUCUACGUGCUGUUCGUCGUGGCCGUGCUGUGCCAGCGGUACCGCCCGCGCGACCGCCAAGAGCGGCUGAUCGCGCCCCCCGGCCCGCGCGAGGGCGGCGACGCGCGCGUGCGCAGGCGGCGAGCGGUCAACGACUCGAGCGGCGGCUCCGCGCGCGCGGCCCGCCAGCCCGGGGAUGGCAGCUCGUCGUCGGACACGGACACGGACCUGUCGGCCGCCGACCGGCACGUGGACCUCCAGGGGAAGCUGUGCGUCGCCAAUCUGUCCAGGUGCCGGCCGCGCGUGCUGUCGGCGCGCUCGCGGCUGUACCUGUGGAACGUGCUGACGGUGGCCGUGUUCUACACGCUGCCCGUCAUACAGCUCGUCGUCACCUACCAGCGGCUGCUCAACCAGUCGGGCAACCAGGACCUGUGCUACUUCAACUUCCUAUGCGCGCACCCGCUGCUGGCGCUGUCAGACUUCAACCACGUGUACUCUAACCUGGGCUACGUGCUGCUCGGGACGCUGUUCGUGGCGCAGGUGUGGCGCCGGCAGCGCGCGCACGAACGCCGCACGCAGCAGCAGAAGGAGCUCGGCAUCCCGCAACACUUCGGGCUGCUGUACGCGAUGGGCAUCGCGCUGGUGAGCGAGGGGCUGCUGUCGGCCGCCUACCACGUGUGUCCGAACAGCAUGAACUUCCAGUUCGACACGUCGUUCAUGUACGUGACGUCGGUGCUGUGCAUGGUGCGGCUGUACCAGGCGAGGCACGCCGACGUGAACGCGCGCGCACACGCCACGUUCGGCGUGCUCGCCCUCAUCAUAUUCAUCGGGCUCGUCGGUGUCCUGAACGCAAACUUCUACUUCUGGGUGGCGUUCACCGGCCUGCACCUCGUCACGUGCCUCGUGAUGACCUUCCAGAUCUACUACCUGGGCAGGUUCCGACUGGGCGGCGACGUGGUGUGGCGCGCGGCGCGCUCGCUGUCGGCGCGGCCGCUGGCGGCGGUCACCCCCGCGCGCGCCGGCCGCUGCGUGCUGCUGCUGCUCGCCAACCUCGCCAACUGGGCGCUCGCCGCCUACGGGUUGUCGCAGCACAGUCGCGACUUCGCGUCCCACCUGCUGCUGGUGCUCAUGAGCAACCUGUUCCUGUACACGCUGUUCUACAUCGUCAUGAAGCUGUUGCACCGGGAGACCAUCGCCUGGUACAGCUGGGUGUUCAUCGCGCUGACGUACUCCGUGUGGUUCGGCUCCAGCUACUUCUACCUGGACCUGAACACCAACUGGGCGCUGAGCCCGGCGCAGUCGCGGCAGAGCAACCGCGUGUGCUCGCUGCUGCAGCUCUACGACUCGCACGACGCCUGGCACUUCCUGUCCGCCACCGCCAUGUUCUUCUCCUUCAACAUGUACCUCACCAUCGACGACAACCUGCGCGACACGCCGCGCACCGACAUCAUGGUGUUCUAGCCCCGCGGCCGGAACCCCUUACUCUGCCAUCCGACGAUCACGACGCCUUCUGGACGCACCGACCGACCCGUCGUGCGAAUGCUUGCGUAU